GUGUCAUGAUAGUGAUAUAUUACACCAGACAAAAAUUUGCAAAAUGAAUUAAAAUGACAAAAAAGCGUGGACAUGUUGAAAAAUAAUAUUUAUUGAUUAUCUGUGAAAGUUUGUCACAUCGCAAGAAAAGAAUCUGCAUUUAUGUACUCGCCUCGUUCGCAAUUUCACUGAGAAAAAGAGCAAAUCAAACUCGAAGGACGAAAGGAUCAUUUAAAAAAAAGGAAGGGUGUAGAAAUAGUGAGUGCAUUUCUCUGGCCUCGAGACGUCCUUCUGAAAAGCAUUGAAAAGUUCGGCUGAGCCUCACUCGAAAAAGAGUCAAUAAAAAAUCAAGAAUAUCGCAACAUAUAUAUGCAAAUUCAUCAUUCCCGAUUUUAUGAUUUGUAGUGUCAUCGUUUCGAAAUGAGCAAUUGUUAAAAGUGAUUCUCUUCUACCUUAAAAGGAAUAUUCCUGUAACUUCAAGAUUGAAGUCCCACUCGCGUAAUUCCAGGUGAAUUUAAUCGAAUUAGCGAGUACAGAAACUAGAAUAAGGGAGUUUAGCGAACAUAACCUCAAUUGAAGAAAGUGACUCACGCAGUUUAUGUUCAUUUUAAAUUGUUUGUAAUGUUUCCGAGAAGAAUGAAAAAAACUGUUUAAGAGUGUGUGAUGCAUCCAGAGAUUUGGAGAGAGACCUCGUGCUUCAUAUUUUGCGAUUCAGAUGAAAUAUGUAUAAUUUCGAGGGAGACUACAAGCGUAAGCCUCAGCAAAAUUUGGCUGGAGCAAGUCGCAGGGGCGAAAAAGCUGCACUUUUGCAGCACGCACAGUUGGAACGGUUGAAACGUGAACAACAACGAAGAAAACAUGAAGCUGUUGUUAAAAUCCAGGCAUAUGGUCGCAGUUUCGUUGCGAGGCAGCUGAUGAAAAAAUGGCAGAGGUACGAAUUUGACAAAAUGCAGCAAGCAUUGGGAAACAAACACUUGAGUGUUGAAGAACUCGUUCUCUAUUUGCGAAGACUUUUAUUUUUUUAUCAUCGAACCGAAGAUGCGGGCAGACUUGUUUGGAUUCUUCAACAGUUCCUUAAACUCCAGCAAGAAAUCAAAAACAAAACUAAUUCUUCCACGGAAUGGUUGUGGAGAGUUCGGUGGGUCUUGAAGCUUUGCGUGGAAUUUAUAGUGGAUAGUAUAUCUCCCGAUAGAGGACAAUCGAUAGCUAUGCCUCUCAGAGUCUUAGAAAUCUUCACCCUUGUCGAAAAUGACGAAAGCACUCGGCAGCAUUUGGAAGCCAUUUUUGCCUAUCUGUUGAAGAAUAAUUACUACGAGCAAAUGAAGAAGCUGGUCGACUCGAAAAUCCCACCGAUUGAUAUACCUUCGGCGGUUCCUCCGACUCCCAUGGCCAAGUGGAUCUUCGACAUGAUACAGCGACCUCUCAGCAUUGUCUACCACUCGAGUCAUCUCAACGAGUUUGCUUUUGUCGCGAUGAGGGAACUUUGCGUGAGUAUUCUCUCGCAAAAAAUCACCGAGCCAGUCACCGGAUUCGUGUUUCCUGGGCUGAUGGAAUCCAAGGAGUUUCCUUUCGACAAACUCAUCACUUGCAUCCAGCUUCUUAACAUUCCACCAUCCUUGAAUUUGCUUUACUCUAUCCUCUCGCUAGAACCUUCUGGAUUUGCUCCUGGAAAGACAAACGAAUUUCUAAUAAGCUACCUCGAAGUUCUCGCUUCCAUGUCUUCAACAAUCAACCCGCCGCCCUCGUCCCAAACCCUAGAGACUGAUGAAUCCGACAGCGACACUGAAUCGAUGAUUCUCGACAACAGCGAAGCUGAAACCCAGCAAAAGUGCGUGAACAUUCUGAACGAUGAGCAACGAGUGCAAGCAAUUUUAGGAGCAGUCGAAAAUUGCAAUGACCCGGGCGUGAUGCAACCAUUGUGCCAACUAUGUCACAACCUUCUCAUCACCCACAAGCUCGCCAUUCACAAGUACAAACUUCUCUACAUGCUCGCAUUCAAGCCGGUCUUCCUCCGAGAACUUUGGAACACCCUCCUCUCGUUAAAUCAGAUCUCUCCCUUCGGAGGAUCAACCCCCUUGCUCCACAUUCUCUCAAGAGGCAUCGCCCUCUCACCCGACGACGCCAAAAAAAUCAUUCCCCUCUUAGCCGUAUUUUGUUCACUCUUCAGUCUUCUGAUCGCCACUCUGCACGACACCGAGUUCUUCGUUGAUGGUUCGGAGACAAUGUCGAAUAAUCAUGGUCAGCAGGCAAUGCCUUUCACCACUUCCGACCUAGUUCCCUUGUCCAAUCAUCUGAAAGGCAUUUGCUUAGGUCUAGUGGAACUCGCGUUUCCCGACACUCGUCCAUCCGUGCGAGACGACUACAAAAGUGUCGUUUUGGGUCUCUCGCCGAGUUCGCCGAGCGAGCAGAACACACACGUGUGGACGCACUUGUUCAAGGUCACUGUGGGACUGAUUCGUCAGUUGCACACUCGCGAUUUGCGGCGGCAAUUCUGUCCGGACGGACACUGGAUCGCGUCCAAUAUUGUCAUUCCAAUUGACAAACCACAGGAUUUUACACUCAGACGUCGAAGACUCAGGAGUUAUGUACCUUUUCAGGGAUUGAGAGUGUUCACACGAGAGGAUGUGGAGGAAGGACCGCCGAUGUCGACAAAGGAGGUGCGAACACUGACUCUGCUUCGUGAAAUUCCGUUUGUCGUGCCAUUCAGCGACAGGGUGAUCGUUCUCCAGUCGCUGAUUUAUCGCGACAAGCUCGAUCAGCAGGGUGAGUUGACUCAUUUCAUGCAGGGACCCUCGAUCCAGAUUUCCGUACGGAGGAAUUAUCUUUACGAGGACGCGUUCGACAAACUGUCGCCGGAGAAUGAGCCGGAGAUGAGACUGAAGAUGCGUGUUCAGUUGGUGAACACUGCCGGCUUGGAAGAAGCCGGGGUUGACGGUGGAGGACUUUUUCGCGAAUUUCUCACCGAGUUGUUGAGAACGAGCUUUGACCCUAAUCGUGGAUUCUUCCGACUGACGAAGGACAACUUGCUCUAUCCAAAUCCGACGGUUCAUUUGCUGGUUGAGGACUAUCCGAAGCACUAUUAUUUCAUUGGGCGAAUUUUGGGCAAGGGCUUGUACGAGAAUCUGCUGGUGGAGCUUCCCUUUGCCGAGUUCUUCCUCUCGAAAAUUGUCGGCACCCAGUCGGACGUGGAUGUUCAUCAUCUGGCCUCGUUGGAUCCAAUUAUGUACAGAAAUCUCCUCUAUCUGAAGAGUUACAAGGGCGAUGUGACGGAUUUGGGACUGGAUUUCACGGUUUUGUCGGAUGAAUUGGGUGAGAGGAGGGUGGAUGAGUUGAAAGCUGGCGGGGCGAAUAUUCCGGUGACGAAUCACAACAGAAUCGAGUACAUUCAUAUGAUGGCUGAUUAUAAAUUGAAUAAACAGAUUCGUGGACAGUGUUAUGCGUUCAAGCAGGGCAUCGGGAAUGUUGUGCCGCUCGAUUGGCUGCAGAUGUUUAACAAUAAGGAACUCCAGGUACUGAUUUCUGGGGCCCAGAUUCCGGUGGAUGUCAGUGAUUUGAAGCUCCAUACGAAUUACACGGGAGGAUACACUCCUGAUCAUCCGACGAUUGUCGCCUUUUGGAAGGUUGUCGUUGAGUUUAGUGAUCAGCAGAAGAGUCAGCUGCUCAAGUUUGUCACGAGCUGUAGCAGACCUCCUCUGCUUGGAUUUAAGGAAUUGGACCCUCCAUUCUGCAUUCAGCACGCAGGAAGCAUCAAUCGUUUGCCAACUUCCAGCACCUGUAUGAAUCUCCUGAAGUUGCCCGAGUUUCCCGACGAGAACACGUUGCGUGAAAAACUGUUGUAUGCAAUUCAGGCUGGUGCAGGUUUCGAACUGAGUUAAAUUACAUUGUCUCUACUUAUGUCUCUGUAAUUGUAAAUAGAAUCUUGUAAGAUAAUUAAUUGCAGAUAAUUGAUUAUCAUCUAUUCAAGCUAUCAGUGGGUUCGGAUUGACACUUUAAAAUAUAAUUCAUGUCUAGGAGGUGCUAUUAAUGCACUUGCUUGGAAAAAUUGGGAAAAAUUUUGAAAUUAAUGCUAGAUAUUUGCGUGUGUGAGUGUGUGUGCGUGCGUGUGAAAGGAAUAUGAAUUAAAUUUGGCUGAACUUACAGAAAUUGGACAAACGCGUUACGUAUAGAUUCCAGGGGGCCAACUAUUCGAACAAUAUUCUUGCUUUCUUGAACCUAUCAGCUGCUGGCGGUACCGUACGGUAACCACGCGUUUGAUCUCUUUUAAAUUAGCGAAAUCAAUCAAGUUUUAAUUAUUUAGUUAAACUAUUAGUUAUUUGAGUAAAUUUGUUAAAUUAUCAAAUGAGCUAAUUAGUUUAAGCUAUUUAAAGUAAUAUAGCUGAACCAUCGAAAAGAAGUUGAAAAUCCGAGACAGAAAAAGCAAAAUUCCGCAGCUGAUGGGUUAAGUUCACUGCUCGAAAUUACUCAUUGCUCUGUAUAUAUGUAUAUGUUAAAUUCGUAACUUGACACUGACUCUAAAGUGCAUAACUAUUAUGAAAUAAUAGUUAAUUUUGAUUGCUGCCUUGGGAAAAUUUGGACGCAUAGAUUUGGAUUUGGUUAGUUGGCAUCGUUCGUAGUGCCUCUUGCGGCAAAGCGUUGAAAUACAAGUUUUCCAAAUGGUAUUAUCUCUAAUUGAUGAAAGGGUUCCAAAUUGUACACUUUUAGAUUGAAUUUUGAAAAUUUUAUUAGAAAAGAUUUGAAAUUUUAUAAUUUCUAAUUUAAAGCUUAUAGAAUGAAACAAUGUUAUUUUCAAUAUACGAAUAUCGAAUUUCAAUGGUUUAAGAUAAUAAGAAAAUUUCGAAAAUAGGACUGGUUCAAAAUAUCAAAAAG